AUGGAGAUAAGUAUUGAUUUGAAUUUGAAUAAUGAGGUUGAAUAUGAUGAUUCUGACGAACAAUCAGAAGAUGAAUAUAAUGAACCAUUAGAGCUUUAUAAGGGGCAAAUUUUUCAAACUACUGAGGAAGCAUUUAUUACAAUUAAAACUUUUGCUCUUUCACAUAGAUUUGGGAUUCGAAAAGGGCAUGUUGAAAAAGACCCAAAAAAUGGACAUGAAAUUUCAAGAACGUUUUUAUGUCGUCAUACUAGAAAAUCGUUAACUAAAAACAAAUCUCAUAAAACAGAGGCAUCUGGAUCAUGUCGAACAGACUGUAAAUGGAAAGUUAAUAUAUACUGGAGUAAGCACUUAAAUCAAUAUCAUCUUUCCACUUUUACAAAUAUUCAUACUGGUCAUAUACUUGAUCCAACAUCUAUAAGAUUUAUUCCAAAAAGUUGA